GACAAAAUGGGCCGUCUUCAAGAAUUCGAGAUCAUCGGGCGCCACCUGCCCACCGAGGCUAACCCCGAGCCCUCGCUCUACCGCAUGACCAUCUUCGCUCCCAACGAGACGGUCGCCAAGUCCCGUUUCUGGUACUUCAUCCGUGGUCUCAAGAAGGUCAAGAAGGCCACUGGUGAGAUUGUCAGCGCCAAGGUGAUCCACGAGAAGCACCCCGAGAAGGUCAAGAACUUUGGCAUCUGGCUCCGCUACGACUCCCGUUCUGGAACCCACAACAUGUACAAGGAGUUCCGUGAGAUGUCGCGCACCGACGCCGCCGAGGCUCUGUACUCUGACAUGGCUGCCCGUCACCGUGCCCGCUUCAGGUCGAUCCACAUUCUCCGCAUUGUCGAGGUUGAGAAGACCGACGACAUCCGCCGCCCCUACAUCCGCCAGGUCAUCGCCAAGGACCUUAAGUUCCCCCUGCCCCACCGCAUCACCAAGCAGAACACCAAGAAGAUCUUCAGCGCUAAGCGUCCCUCGACCUUUGCUUAA